AUGGGCCUAGCAAUCACCGAAAAGUACCCAGCCCCUCUGGCUGUGGGCCACCCACAACAGCAACAACAGCAACAACAACCAUACCCCUUCCAAGAGACUCUCCCCACAGAAAUCUGGCGCCUCGUCCUCACUCACGUCCAAACUCUCGACCUUUUCAGUCUCUAUAACACCUCCCGCUACCUCCGCUCCCUCUCAGCCCCCUCCCUCGUCCAAGCCAUGGCCUCCAAAUCCCUCCGUCUCUACUUCUAUCAAGAGUACGUCCGUCGGGUGGGCGUCAAGUUUGUUUUCGAGUCCUUUGAUUUGGAGAGGGACCGGGUUGUUUUUCGGCCGUUGGUGAGGGAUAAUCAGUAUCGGUUCCGGACGGGGAUGGCGUUGCAGUGUCCGCAGCUGGAGGAGGUUGCGGUCAAGUCGGGGGGAGAGAUUGAUAUGCGGAGGGUGCAGUGUGAUCGAGGGAGGUACUUUACCAUCAAGCCUGCUGAGCGAGCAACAUCAGCACCAGCAGCAGCAGCAGUACAGGACGUCUCGCAUCAUUCGCAGGAGGAAGGCGUGGAAUUGGAGGUAGAUGGAGACAUGGAGGCAGAUGUGGACCUGGAAGCGGAUGGUCUAGAGACACCAGAGACAACGGCUGUCGCAGCAAUGACGGAGGCAACAACAACAACAGCCAAUACCGUAACGACCCCAGCAAUAACGACAACACCAGCACCAUCACAAGUGAUACAAACAACAUCGGCGACAAGGAAACCAACAGCGGACGAAAAGAGCUACCAGGGGACCAAGAACUUUCUGGACAGGUCAUGCCCGGUCCAGGUGCGGAAGACAGGUGUCCGCAAGACGGAUGGGGCCCGGUACUCGUUCCUGCAGACUUAUCCGUGGACGCUGGAGUACCAGGUCGAGAGCGAGAUUAUGGGACCUCAUGAUGAUUUGCAGGGCGAGCGUCGAUCGGGAAGUGACAGCACCAGCAGGAGCAGCAACGGGAAGGGCAAAGCCGUUGACUAUGAGAGGAAGGACCAUAUCGGCAACACCGGGAGUAGCAGUGGCCGAACUAAGGGAAGGGAUCAAUUGGCGACCGAUAGCCAAAACCAACACCAAUUUCACCACCGACUUCAGGAUGAGCGCAUGGACAGUGAUAACAGUAACAGCAGCAGGGGAAGCGGAAGUGGGAACAUUUCAUCACGCGAUAACGUCCAUUCGAGCGCAACGCCGUCCCGUCGCCGGGCCAAUUCUCCCGAGAUGGCUGACAAAAUUGCCGAUAAAUCUGCUCAUGGGGGGAGCGCAAGGACAAAUCAUCGUCAAGGCUCCGCAGGCAACAACAGCAACAACGGCAAUGGACCACGUUUUCUGAGGACACUCCGGUUCGAAUGCAGCAUGAACUUUCUGGAUCCUAAACGUGCGACUCGGAGUGUGCUUGGACGGUGGCUAGAGGGCAAAGUGUAUCAGUGGAGCAAGGUUUUGGGCGGGAAGAAGGCGUUGGGCAACGGUCAGUCGCAUACCAUCCAGUGGCAGUCCACCCUCAAGCAACAUUCUCAACCUCAGCCUCACCUUCGACAGCAGCAGAAGCAGCAGCAGAAGCAGCAGAAGCAGAAGGAGAAGCAGAAGGAAAAGCAGAAGGGCAAAGAGAUUGACAACAAGCAGAAACAACCAUUAUCAACUUCAGCAUUGUAUCGCAGGCUGCAUCAGGAUCAGCAGAUACGACGAUCCGACAGCACAGAGUCUGGAGGAUCCGGCACCACCACUCUUCCUCCUCCUGCACCAGCUGCUGCAGCUCACCCGAGAAGACGCGGCCGUGUCAUUCGCGUGAUCGAUAUCCUUCUUGGCCCGACGGACGGCGACGGCAGCAGUAUUAACCACGAGAGGGCGCACCAACAUAGCAUGAACAGCUCGAUUCAUUCCCUCUCUUCGAGCCGUAAUGGGUCCAGCACGAGUUUGAGUCUGAGCCUUCCUCACCAAGGCGAUGCUUCGAUUGCUGGAGGACGUUGUAUGAACCCUGCCAUUGACCUGAACAAGAUGGGCUCGUCGUCUACCUCUGCCGCCUUUUGA